UACAAAUCAAUCGAUAAUUGUUAUUAUAAGAGGUAUUGCGCAAUUUCCCGUUUUUCAUCAAACUUCUCGGAAAUUUCAGUGUAAACUGGUAAACAGUGAAGCACAAUGAACAACAGAGGAAACAAUGAUUUUGUCGAAGAGAAAUGUGCACCGGUGCGUCGUGGAGCUGGACCCCCGAAGAACGUGGCCGCUCCGCUUCCAAUUGAAUUGAAGCCAAAGUUUCCGAAAACUGAGGAAUCCGCCGUUCCAGCUGAACUUGCACAUACACCACAGACACCUGUGGAGCAGGUUCCGGCCGCACAGUCUGCAAUAGUUGAAGCACCGGUAGUUUCCAAGACUUUGGAGACGGAGAUUAAUGAAGCUCCGGGUGAAGCAGUUGUCGUGGAGGCUGGUCAGCAACAAGAGGGUGGAGGAAGUCAGCUACAAGAGGUUCCAUCGAAUGAUGCAGAUAAGGCUGAUCAGCAACAAAAGAAAAAGAAAAAGGCAAAGAAACCGGCAAAAAAGGACACUGGAACCGCUGUGGCUGUUUUCAUCAGUGAUGACGAGGAUAAGAAGGAUGACCCAAACAAUGCGGUCGGGCAAUUCGUGGAAGAUGAUGACGAUGACAAGAAAAAGAACAAGAAGAAGGAAAAGAAGGAAAGGAUCAAAACACUGGAAAAGGACGAUAACAAGGCAAAAGAUGCAAAAGGACCGUCAAAAGUCAAAAAGGAAAAACUACAGAAAACUGACAGGGGAAGUGCUCGCCAGAAAACCAAAACUGGACAGAGCAACAGGCAGAAACGGCAACAAGGAAGUGUGAGAAGAAGUGCAGCCGCCAAACCUGAAAACGCUACUCCAGUGGCUACAACCCCUCAAGUUCCUACUGGAAAGAACUACGUGCCUCUUCAAAACAUUGCUACAACUCUACCACAGCCUCCUCCAGCUAAGGAUAAGAACAAGGCACCUAGCAAAGAUGCAACGGAAGGACUCCUGAAAUCAUGGAUCUCGAAAGCGAAACAGAAAUAUGUGGGAAAGAAUCCGAACAUCGAAUCAAGUACCCUUAACGGAGAUGAUUCUAUUAUUGCACCGGAGCAAGCCAACAUCAAGCCUGAAAUAACAGCUGUUUACGGCCUCCCAUGUGACUAUGCGCCAAAAACAAUGCCCACCAACAAAGAUGAUAAAAGUCAUCCGGAGAAACUGUUUCCGGGAGGCCGCCCGUUUUGGAUGAGUAAUAAUGGAAAGCCACCACCGGCCAAAGUUAUCACCGUAAAGGACGCGGUUGAUCUAUGUACCAGUGGAAAACUUAAGUUUUUGGAAAGACAGACUGAUGCGCCAGAAGAUUUGAAUCCGUAUUCUGAAGAUUUGCAGGCAAUUUGUGCCAAAGAUAAAGAGUUCUUUUCGGAUUAUAAAAGAAUCUGGACCAACACGUUAUACAACUUAAACCCACUCCCAACUGAUGCUAAGGACCGACCAGACCCGAAAUCUACCAAACCUGUGUCUUUCAAGCUUCCGACAACGACUACUGUUUACAAAAGGAGAGUUCAAUCAGAGGCUCAAAAAGUCACAACUGUGACUUUCCAACCCACACCGAAAGGUCAGAAAAUGAAAAAGAAGAAGUCGUCGCCAAGUAAUAGCUCUGCUACCGUUGAAUGAUGUAGAAUGAAGGUUUUGAAGUUUUGG